AGACAGAACACGGUGUCAACCAAACAACGCAGAGUGCGCCGAAACGUUGACAGUUUUAGUUCCACGAUAGAGGAAGACUCGGGUGGUGAACGACUGACAGAACUUGCUGGUGUUGAAGGGGGAUUCGAGUGGGAACCUAUCACAAGUCUUACCUCUGAGCGGUCGUUGAGAAAUGAACCGUCAUUUACAACUGGUGUAUCUAGACAUGGUCACGUGUUCCAAAGACAACAUGCUUUUACCUACCCCUAUGGCCACCAUGACCUCCAUGAGCUGCCCCAGGCAGCAGACGAUGAAUUUCCUCAACUGCAAACCUCCAGGAGCAAUCGGAUAUGGACGCUCACUCAGCAGCAGAAAAUUCGGCGUCAGGCGUUUUUUGAACCUUCGCCACCCAAGUACAUUCACGAAGGCCACAGUUUUGAGUCGGAAGAGGGCGCCACGGGUCACGCCUGGGAGGUAACUCAAGCUCAAGUCCACAGGGAAAAGAACGAAGAGGACGACCACGUGGAAAAACGGAUACCGGACACAAGACUAUGGGACGUAGCAACAGAUGACUAUUCCAGUCUUCGCAGCUUGGACUGGAAUCGGAUUCUGUUCCCAGAGGAAGACACCGAAAUGUCCCCGGAGCAAGACUCCAAAUGUUCAAAUACUGAAGCCAAUGUGGCCUUCUUAGACCCUGAGCCAGAAAUGUUCACAGAUUGUCAGAGACAGAGUAUGGGUACAAAAUCUCAAGGACACACUCUAAAUACAAACUUGUCUGCGUCCCCCAAUUUGCGAAAAUCCCACUCGGAAGCAGAGUCUGACGUCACGGUGAUUAACGUACCUAGUGACGUCAUGUCACCCACAGCGCCCGCUGGUGUUGACGGACCCAACACAACAAUAUUCUAUGACACCAUACAACCUGCAGCAUCCUCUAACGUUCAGGAACAGUCUACAACAGCAUCAUCAUUCUGUGACGCAGCAUCCUCCCUUUCUACGACUUUCUCCACAGUUAACGAAGAUGGCUCCACGCCAUAUCACUCGGUCAGUGAAGAUUCGAACCUAGACCACUUGGAAUCAGAAAAUGUUAAACGCGGUAGAGGUACAUCGGGCUCUGUAGAAGAAGCUGGGAGCAUUCUCGGGGCGUUUGGAGGACGGGUGGUGGAGGGGGCAGUGGCACCAGACAUUUCCCCCACUUCACUUGUUCCGGGAAACGAUCUUCAGCCAUUCAUGGAGUCCAGGUUUGCUAAAAAUAGAACAAGUACAGAUAGUGAAGUGAAUGAAAGAACAUCUAAUUAUAGAAUAGAAACUCGCAGAACGGCUAAAAAUAGAACUUCUGUUAAUAGAACGGUUGACAGUAGGACAACGUCAUCGACAGAGAUACUUCCGCCGUCCACGAAGUCGGAGAGAGGGGGUGGGUGGAGGAGUCGGGUGGUACCAACUCUCAGGUCUCUCUCGGAGUUAGCUGUGUCAGCUAAAAGAGGCGGAGCUACCCCUCUAUUGGAGGAGCCUCAUUCCCCCACAGAGGAGAGCCGCCCGUGUUCUUCAAUGACCUCGCCCCAGGACGCGCCCUCUGGCACUGUUGCGAGGAAAAGAAAGGUGAAGAGAUCUCGAGCUAGGCAGAGGAGAAGACGAACGAGGAGUGGGGCAGAUGGAAGAUACACAAGCACACCUGCUGCUGAGAGAAAGAAGAAACUGCAGAAAUCAUCAUCAUCAGCAGCAGCAGUAGCAGCAGGAACAACAGCAACAGCAACAAAAGAAUCGCCACCACCAUCAUUAUCAGUUGAAGCGGAUGGACGAAAGUCUGGGUGUCGUCCAGUUCAGGGAUCAAAAGUCAACGCAACGACUCCACAAAGAGCCCUCACCCAUCCUUCCCUACCCUCGGCUCAGUCAUCUUCUCGAGCUCGAACCACAACCUCCAACAGUCAAAGCAGCAACCACAACAGCAGCAGCAGUAGCAGCACACCUCUAUUCGCUCCGACCUCUUCAGUCAAUGAAUCACACAUGGCCAAGUUACCCCCCUUCCGUCGGCCACUCCUCUCUCCCCUCAUGUCGACCCCGGCCUCAAAACGAGACAGAAGUUUUGAUGAAGUCACUUCUGGUCUCAGUUCGCUAGGAAAGAUUUCUUCCAGCUCCAGCAGCCUGACGCCAAGUAGGAAGGGAUCCUCGUUGUUCUCCUACAGAGACCACACGCACUCCAUGGCCCUCGAGUCGUCCAUGACGACAUCAAUCAUCAGCCAAUCACACACCUUGGUUUACGACGAGGAGGAGGGGCGAGGAGACCAGGGCAAGCUGGUGCAGACGGAGAAAAUGGAGUCGGGAAAG